CUCAUUCUUUUUGGUUAUAUUAAGCCAAAGGGUGAACUGAAGAAGAAGAAAAAAAAAAAAAAAAAAAAGGUUGAAGUGAAAUGGGCACCCAAACAGAAGUUGAAGAGAACCCAAGAAAGGGUGGUCUUAGAACUAUGCCUUUCAUCAUUGUGAAUGAAUCAUUUGAGAGGGUGGCAAGUUAUGGUUUACAACCAAACAUGAUAAUCUACUUGAUGACAUUUUAUCAUAUGAGUGCUGCCACAGGAGCUAUCAUUGUUGGAAUAUGGUCUGCAGUUUCAAAUGGGUUGGCCAUUGUUGGGGCCUUUGUUUCUGAUUCUUACUUGGGAAGGUUUAGGGCUGUUGCCUUUGGAUCCAUCUCCACCCUUAUUGGAAUGAUUAUUCUUUGGCUCACUGCCAUGAUUCCACAACUCAAAUCUUCACUUUGCUCUCAGUUCCAACAUGCUUGUAAUGGAACGACAGCACUCCAGCUUGCUGUUCUUUUUUCAUCUUUUGGAUUUAUGUCCCUUGGAACUGGUUUUGUUAGACCUUGUUCUAUAAUAUUUGGUGCCGAUCAAUUGGACAAAAAAGAGAACCCUGAGAACCAGAGGCUUAUUGAUAGCUAUUUCAACUGGUACUAUGCUAGCACAGGGAUUUCAACCAUUCUUGCAGUCAGCAUAAUCGUUUAUAUACAAGAUCGUUAUGGUUGGCAAGUUGGAUUUGGUAUCCCUGUUAUCCUCAUGUUUCUGUCUGUCUCAAUGCUCCUAAUGGGGUCUCCUCUUUAUACCAAAGUGAAAGCUAAAGAAAGCUUGUUCCUAGGAUUGCUUCAAGUAGUUGUAGCAGCUUUUAGGAAAAGAAAGACCAAUCUUCCAUCAACUGAUUGUGAUAACUAUUAUCAUUGGCCACUCGAAUCAGAGCUCUUGGCACCAUCGAAUGACUUCAGGUGCCUAAACAGAGCUUGUGUGAUUCAAGAUCCUCAAAGAGAUUUGAAUCCUGAUGGAUCAGCUUCAAAUCCGUGGAAUCUCUGCAGUUUGGGACAAGUUGAAUCACUGAAGGCUCUUUUUAGAGUACUUCCCAUGUGGUCCACCGGUUUUAUGAUCUUUGUGGCCAUGAAUCAGUUCUCAUUUUCUGUACUUCAAACAAGGACGAUGGAUAGACAUAUCUUCCCUCAACUCAAAGUACCAGCAGCAUCGUUCAGUGUGUUCCUGGUUAUUGCUUUAACAGUCUGGAUUAUCUUCUACGAUCGUCUUUUGGUCCCUUUGCUAUCAAAAUAUACUGGACAGCCAAGAGGGCUAACUCCUGUAAUCCGAAUGGGGAUUGGCCUAAUAGUCUCCUGUAUGUCUAUGGCAUUGUCAGCAAUAACAGAAAGCAUAAGACGACAAAGGGCAAUAGAGGAAGGGCAUGAGGAUGAUCCAAGUGCUUUAGUGAACAUGUCUGCUAUGUGGUUUGUGCCACAGUAUGCGUUACUCGGAGUGGCUGAGGCUGCCCAUGUAGUUGGACAAAUUGAGUUUUUCUACUCUCUUUUACCCAAAAGCAUGUCCAGCAUCGCAUCAGCUAUGUACACUCUUGGGAAUGCUGUGUCAGGUUUGAUUGGAAGUGUUCUGGUGAGGGGGGUGGAUUGGCUUUCAUCAACUGGAGGUAAAAUGAGCUGGCUUUCGAGCAAUAUUAAUCGGGGUCACCUGGAUUUCUAUUUCUGGUUACUUACUUUUUUGAGUUUGCUCAACUUCUUCUAUUUUCUGGUCGUCUGUCGGUUUUAUGAAAAUGAUGGGAGCAGUAGGUUAUCUCUUGAGGCAGCAGAGAAACAAUGUGAUUACAGGCUUUUACCUGAAUCUUGAUGAUAUGUUGCACUGUAUUGCUGAAUAAUAUACUACUAUGUUAGCUAAUUAGGUGUUUGUAUAUGUUUAGACCUCUACAUUUCUUAAUGUGUUUUAUGAAUUUUCGCUGACAGAAAUGUGAACAUAUGUUUUGGAUUC